AUGGAGCAUUGUAAUGUUGCCAUUACACCAUGUGAAGCAAGGCCACAACUGUCCAAGAGUGAGGAUGAGCAAGAUGUUGAUCCAACUCAAUAUCGGAGAUUGAUUGGAUCAAUGCGGUAUUUGUGCAAUACGCGACCGGACUUGGCAUUUAGUGUCGGUAUUACGACUAUAUUCAUGGAGAGACCUAAGGUAUCUCAUAUGGCAACAGUCAAGAGGAUCCUUAGAUAUGUUAAAGGAACUCUUGGUUGUGGAAUUCUCUUUCCGGCAUCAGAUACGGGCCGAAAGUGUAAUUUACUUGGUUUCACCGAUUCCAAUUGGUGUGGUGUUAAAGAUGAUAGAAAUUCGACGGCUGGAUACAUCUUUAUGUUUGUAGCACUCUCGUCUUAUGAGGCCGAGUAUAUUGCAGCGUCGUUGUGUGCUUGUCAAGCCAUGUGGCUUAUGAAUCUAUUUAAGGAGCUUAGUAGCAAUGAGGGUGAGGCUAUUACACUCCUUGUUGGUAAUGUUUCUGCGAUUAAUAUUGCGAAGAAUCCGAUUGCAAACGGAAGGAGCAAGCAUAUAGAGAUGCGGUUUCAUUAUUUGAGGGAGUUAGUGAGCGAUGGAAAGUUACGAUUGGGAUAUUGUCGAAGCGAAGACCAAGUGGCUGAUUUGUUGACAAGGGUGUGA